AUGGCAGACAAACAGUUCCUCGAUAGCUGGAUCGGCAAGACACUCGAAAUCCCAAGCACCUCUCCGCCAUCCACCUGGACGCUCGAAAAGAAGCUCAGCGAGAAAAACGACCAAGUGCCCGCGGAUGAUUACCACGACCACCCCAAGGCCGGCGCCGCCUACGCCGGAUUCAUCUGCCGCAAUGUAGAAAAUCCCGAGGAUGUCGCUUUCGUCCGGGUCUUCGCGCAGAUCCCCUACGGCGGGUCAGAGUAUGCAAUCCACGCCGAGCGAGCGCGGCAGGCGUCCCCGGCCCAGGCGCUGCCCUUCGACGGGCGCCUCGAGGUGGAGAAUUACCAGCUGCUAAGGGAGAACGGGUGCAAGGCGGCGCCACGCGUGCGCGCACACGAAGUGACCACGCAGGAUCCCGACAGCGCGUUGGUCCCUGGUGGGUUUCUGCAUUAUAUCGUCAGCGAUGUGGCGAAGGGGGUUCAGCUGAACGAGGAGGUCUUCUGGGCGUAUCCGCGCGAGGAGCGGGAUGCGAUUAGAGACGGGUUUCGAGAGGCCUGGACGUACGUAUAUGGACCACAUCUUGAUGUCGUCGUUGCCAUGUCUAACUAUGUCUUUGGUAGGGAGUGCUUGGGAGCCGGUCUCGAUGCUGAUCAAGACGCCCUGGAACAUCUCUUUUGGGACCCGCAGGCCCGCAAGGUGUAA